AUGGAGAUUAACAAAUGUACAUCCGUCAAUCUUGACAAGCUUAUCGACAAUUUCACUCAACUUGAACAGACAAUUACAGAACUCAAGGGUAGGAACAACAUCCUAGAGAUUAAACUAGACGAGGCCGAUAGAGUUCUGAAAUUCGCAAUGACCAAAGAAAUGUUUUUAAUUGAAGGUGAGUGGUCUGAUGACGUGGGUUUAACAGUGGAGAACGAAAAGCUGAAAAGCAGGCUGGCAGACCUGAUCAGACAGCAUGAGAGGACAGUGGAGGAGCGUGAGGCUGAGGUGAGGAGCCUGGUGGCUGAGAGGGGAGUCGUGGCAGACGCUCAGCAGAGGGAGCUGGAGACUGUGCGACAGCAGUGCGGGAGCGAGGUGGAGAGGGUUCGCAGUGACACACGCAGCCAACUGGAGGACAAAGAGGCAGAGGUGAGAGAGCUUCUGGAAAGGAAGGAGGGGGAGCUGGAGGACAUGAGGCAGAGACUCCGAGACAAGGAGCGGGAAAGGCAGAGUGAAAUGCUCAAACUGCAAAUGGAGUUUGGAGCUGAGAUGGCCCGUGUUCAGAGCACGUCUCAGAGGAUCCUGCAGCCUCCUCAGGGCUCCGGCCUGCAAGCACAGAACAUCUUCAAACGGAAGCUGCAUUUCCUCCAGGAGGAAAAGAACAGGGAGAUUGAGUCCCUGCGUCAGAGAAUCAAGGAAUUGGAACAGCAGCAUGCCAGCGGACACUACGACUCACGUCUGAAGAGGAAGAAGACCUAGUGGUCCUCCUCACCAAGCUUCUUACCAGCCAGACAUGAAGAAGACCUAGUGGUCCUCCUCACCAAGCUUCUUACCAGCCAGACAUGAAGAAGACCUAGUGGUCCUCCUCACCAUGCUUUUCACUGGCCAGACA